AUGGAGAUAAGUUGUAUAUUUUUUAUAGUCGCUGUUAUUCACCUGGCUCAAAGCUAUCAACUACCACCUGAUGCCGAGAAAUGCAAAUUCUCGGAUGGAAAAUGCCUUACCAAUUUAUCAAAUUUUUUGAUUAAACAUUAUGGCAAGAACGAAUGGCCUGAAGUCAAUAUUUCUCGAUUGGAUGCUGUCAAUAUACCUGAUGUGUCAGUCGCACAAGAUGAUGUGAAGAAAGCCAUUUGGUAUCAGGUGAAAGCUAAAAAUCUUAUAGCUUAUGGCUUGGAGAAUACAACAAUUACUAAAGUUAAGUCAAAUUGGGACAAGAAGACAGUUGAUAUAUAUGGUAAAAUACCGAGACUUGCGGCCAAAUUGGAUUAUAGCUUAAGCACAAAAUUUAUAUCCUUUGUCUUUAAUGCUACGGGGCAUGGAACAGCAGAAGUUCAGAAUUUCCAAUUUAUUAUAAAAAACAAUUUUGUGGCCAAUAAUGGAUUUUUUAAACUGUAUAAAGUGCAUGUGACUACACAAAUUGAUCGAGCCAUAUUUGAUUUGACAAAUACACAUUCAGAUAAUACAGAUCUGGCAAUUGUGGUCAAUCAGCUGUUAAAUGAAAGUUGGCAAGAGAUUUGGCCUGAAGUAAAACCCAUUUUUGAAAACCUGUUGCGAGAAAAUUUUAUUCAAAUAGCAAAUAAUAUAUUGUCUUCAAUAAGGUAUGAGGAUUUGUUUUUGCCUGAAGAUACGGGUUUGGAUAAUUUAAAAUAAAUGGAUAAUGCUCAUAGAUCUAAAUAGAUUAGAAUUUGCAUUCUCAAAAUAUUUAUUAUUAAUACAUGAUAUUGGCUAAUGCAUACGUCUAUAUACAUUCUGAAUUAAGUAAACUAUUUCAACAUUAGGCACUAGAAUUGAAAAAAUAAUCUUGCCUCUCUGAGAUCCCUGGACCAAAUUUCUACUAUGUUCUUAAAGUUUAAAAAUGAACGAGUAUUCAAAAGUCUUAAAUGUAAAUUAAAACAAGAAUUGAAAUAUAUAUUAAUA